AUGGCACCGAUCGAGCCUCCUGCGAGAGAAAUAGAACAGCUUGUUGAGAGAUUAAUAGAGUACAGAGUUGGCGCGUACGAGCGGUUUGAUGAUGCCCUGGACGGGGAAAUGGAUGGCUUCCGUUUGAAUAUCGUACUGUUUGGAAUGGCAGGGUCUGGAAAAUCAGCCUUGAUUAACACUAUCUUCGAAUGCUUGGAGACGGGUACACGGCCUGCUGUAACCCAAACGACUGGAAGGGAAGGAACGAAGAUUUUAGAAGCUUGUGAUCUGCCGAACUUUGUCACGAUCUAUGACACCAGGGGAUUUUUUGAUCUUGGCAGGAUAGAGGAAGGUACAAAAUCUUUCACUCCUAAAUCAUUUUAAAUUUGGAAAAUACAGUAUGCGGUUUUAAAUCUGGCGUGUAGAACCAUAAGUUUUGUUCCUUAACUAAGUUGAAAAAUUGAUGAAGUGAAACUGAUAGCGUUAGGGUUUCACCAAGCGGUACUAUAUUAAACGACGAUAACUGUAAAACCUCUUAAAUGAACACUUUCCUCGAAAUUUUAUGUUAUCAAUCGUUUUUGCUUUUUUGAGGAUGAAACAAGAAGUUGAGAGGGAUAGGGUGAGGGAUGUUCUAGUAGACAGGGAGGGUGAUUGUCGUUGUCCCUAUUCCCGGAAGGACCCCGGAAGCAGUCUUUUCGCAAAGCUUGUGUAAAGUGACACUAAAAGCAUAUCAGGGAUUCUUACCAUUUAUCUGGGGAAACCGAAAAUUCCAUUCCGUUGGAAAGCUUCAUAAAAUAUUAGCUUCCAUUUAAAGCGAUGCAAUUUUUUCUCCUUUUUAGACCCUCGAGCUGAUUUGGGUAUACUUUGUAGCGGUCUGUCCUUCUCCCACCAAGUUGAAUUGAACUAGCUUGUUAAAUGUUUGUGGGCGAGGUUUUUAACGGGAUGGUUGGUUACCUCUCAUUCUGUUUACGUCUACUGAAGGUGGACCAAGAGGCUUUCCCUACCAACGUUUCCCCCCCAAAAUAUACCCACACAAAAUCAAGGACAAUUCGCUGCGGGUGGUCACUGAUACGACGCCUAGUGGUUUUAUUGCUCGCCACAUAGGGUCUUUCCGUUAUUCGUUCAUACGAUUUGUGAAAAAAAAAAGAAUAGAUAAAAUCUUCCCCUCAGUUAUUCCAAGACUUUGAGUGGUGACCCUCUUGGGAACUGAAUGGGGUCUUGGGCUCUUAAGUCUGUACUCGACCAUUUAAACUAUACAGCUUUCAGUAUUGGAUAAGUGAUAUUGGAGGAAAUUUAAGUCUAAAAUACUUAUCUUUCGGUUGAAUAGGGGAGCUGUUUCGUAUUAUUUAUGGAAUUGAGCGACCUGGAGAUGAUCUGACGCGAGAUUACACGAGUGCUUCAAAAGCAGUUGAAGGUGGGGUCGGUGCUUACAGGCUCAAAAAAAAGCCCAUUGCUGACCAAAUGCAUGUGAUACUGUGGGUGAUUAAAGCUAACGAUGUUAGAUUUGAAACUGGAAAGUACCGGGAGAUAAUCAAGUUUGUUCAACACCAGAUGAGAGAACAAAGUGAGUCCUUAAUAUUUCUCAAAUUGAGGCACAUUUCCUAUACAAAGGUUCUUCAUAGCCGUAAAAUCGACAAAAAGAGUUUAACUCAAUCCCUUAAUCCCCUCAAUGAUCCCCACGAAUAUUUAAUAAUCCCGAUCAAGAGCACUAGAUGCUUUUCGGGAAAUGGUUAUGCAGAGGAAGGUAGUCUGUUUCAGGCGUCCAGAUUGUGGGGCCAGCGCAAGGAAACGUGAGCAGGAAAAACACCGAGGGGGUGGGGUAGGUAGUGAGGGCGAAGUUCGUUCCUCUCUCCCUCUCUCAGGCUUCUUAUUUUUUUUCUUUUUCUCGCUCAUUGACUCAGCGCCGCACUCCAUUAUCAGAACGCCUGGAACAGGCUGAAAGACCGCGACUUCUUCAUCUUUGAAGACCCAGUAGCAGAUAGAUGGACGGUGGGAACUAGGGCGCGCGAGUACGAGGAGUGCGUUUGAAACAUGCAGGGAGCCUUCCUGUCCCGCCUUAAUUCGUCCAUUCUCCUUCCCGCAAAAACGCCUGCCACGCAAGCUACAUGUCACUGUCAGCCUGAUGUCUAGUUUGGUUUUGGUUUUGUUUUUCUGUCUCUCUUAUCAUAGUUAUCACGAUCAUUACGGUCAUCACUUUUGACGAUGAAGUACGGAGUAUGCCAAACCCUGGCAAACAAAGAAAAAAGUUAAAGGAAGCGGCGAGAGAUGUCACUGGAAGUGAGCCGCGGGAUGUCUUCAUGAUCGCGAACUCAAUACCUGAUAAAGAGUUUGAUCCGGCGUACAAGAAGGAAGUGCUGAAGAUGUUAGAGCGAGCUUUGAAGUGCGGAGAGCUGUCCGUCAAGAUGCGACAGGCUCAGAGGGAAAGUCUCAAGAGAUCCAUAUCCGAGCCUCGAGGUAGAGCUGAAAAAAGCCCUGUAGAAAAUACGGAGCCUCCUGACUACAAGAGCUUGCCGUGAUUAAAAAAACCGUAAAUUUUAGGCACACUUUUCCAUUGGAUGCUAUGUUUGUUUACUUAUUUAGCUAUUCGAAUUACUGGUUCCUUUGACAAGAGUUGAAAGUGCUGUAUCAUACAUUCCGGCUAAGAGAUAGAGGAUGCGCUGAAUAAGUUGUGGGAAAAAGCUUAAGGCAAUCGAUGAAUGAAUGGGGUUAGUUUCUAAAGGAACAUUGCAUGUUGUUGCUCCGGUAAGGGGGGUAGAUUGGUGACCGUUAGUAGUUUCAUACCUUCCUGUGGAGGCCAAUCUACCCUAUCAACUUAGCUGAUAAAUUGGGAAAAACAUCUCCUGAGCACAUCAGAGAUAGUCCCUAGAUUAUGGCUUCUUGGUAGCUUGGUCUCUAAUUCCUGUGUCCUUGAGACUCGCUAUCGUGCUGAAUUUUAAUAUAUCAAAAGUGGCAUAUUGGCCUCUGGCGAUGAAGAGAAGACUAAGGUCGAUCAGCGAGUCUGUUUUGUCAAAGGCUGGCGACAUUCCAACAGGGAGCAUUAUGUGCAACCUGCCUUCAUGGCUUAGUACUUAUAUUUUCUCAGGGUCCGAAAAAUCUUUCGGGCACGUUGGCGCAACAGUGAUAUACAGUUAUUUGGAGAAAGGUUGUCGGAAAAAAUGUGCACGCGACAAUCCCGAAAGGUAAUAUGGGAUAUGAUCAAUACACUUUUCCUAACAAACGUAGCUGUCGAACCUACUUUGGUUGCUUUCCUUUAGCAAUCGCAAACAUCCCGUACCAUUCUUUCAAAUUUCUUUGAAGAACAGUGCACUCAAACCCACCCACAAUACCUUUCGGGAUUGUCUCGUGCACUUUUUCCGACAACCUUUCCCGAAAUAGCUGUAUAUAGAUGUGACUGCAGGUGUAGGUGCGGUUCAGUUUCGUCAGCAUAUUUGUUGUUCAUGACGUAGUACUCAUAUUUUAGGAGGUAUCUAAACCCUCUUUUUAAUGCUACUUCUUUUCAGUUGUUUUCUGUCUUCUAUCAAGACCGCGUAUUUCAGUGCGAGACAUGCUGCAUCGCCCGAAGAUUUAACGUUAUAAAUAUUUUGCAAGUGAACUUUUGUUUUCGGGCACGAUUAGCGUAACGGUAGUAAGGAUAGGUGUGACUGCGGGUGUAGCUAGGGCUGCAGUUCAGUUUCGUCUGCAAAUUUGUUUACACUGUAACAAUAAACCAACUUCAAAUAGUGUAGGUUAAACUGACUAUGUCGAAAGUCGGAUGAAGAACAGAAUUUCCUGUUUAAGCCGGCUGGAAAGCGGGUAGUGAGCCUCCUCACACCGGAAAAUAGUAGAAGGUGGGGAUAAGACACAAUUUCAUUUAAAAAAAUUACAAAAAAGAAAAGUUUUACAACGUAAUUCAAUUAUGUAGAAGUGCAUAAGUGAUUUUAAUUUUUUUCUUCUUCAUAAUGGUUAGAACAGAA